AUGCGUUUCACAAAGUUUUUCGCCGGCGUCACUUUCGCUCUGUCUGCAAGCCAGGCUCAGGCGGCUGUCAGCCCAGGUGAAGUCGCGGAGACCUUUGAGCGUCUGACCAAUAUCGCCAGCGACAUCAUCCAGACGGUUGCGAGUCUGGAUAGUACAAAGAUCAUUACAAGUGUCCCAAGAAUCGCAGGCGAGUUUGGUCAGCUAGUUGAGGGCGUGUUCGACGCUAUCGAUAUUGUCGGGAACCCCGACCAGUUUAAGGACAUUGGGAAGAGCGACCAGGAUAAGAUCUGCGACGCCCUUGAGAACUUUGUUGACAAGGCGCGCGACGCCGUCGACUCCAUCAUCGGAAAGGACAGCAUCAUCGGCCGAACACCCUUCGUGAGCAUCAUCGCCAAUAUUCUGAGCGUUGCUGCUGAUGCCCUCGAGUCGCUGGCCCGUUCGGCCGUCAAGAUUGUCCCCGGAUGCGAGGAACGCAUCGAGAAGAAGCUGGAUCUCUUGAAGAACUCUUUCGGUCAAGGCGUUACCAACUUCCGCGCCAAGGCUGUUGAGCAGGGUGGUAGCCCGGUCUCCCUCCCUACCCGUAUUCCUACCGCUGUCCCUACUGCUGCUCUUUCUUCUCUUAUCGAUCUCGCCACUAAAAUCACUCCCGCUGCUUCUUCUCUCCCCAAGAUCAACCUCCGCGCCGAAGCUGUGGAGCAGGGUGACAGCCCCAUUUCCAUUCCUACUGGUAUCCCUACUUCUGUUCCUACCGCUAUCCCUACUGCUGCUCUUUCUUCUCUUCUCGAUCUUAUUGAAUCUAAAAUCACUCCCGUUGCUUCUUCUCUCCCCAAGAUUACGGGUGGGCCUGUCCCCAUUCCUUUCCAGGCUUAA